AUGGCCUUCUCGGGUAAGAGAGAGAUUCAGACUGAAACCAUGCCUGAAUCUGAUAGAAAAAUAAAGAUUCAAGAGUUUGAUGAUCCGAAAACUGGGGUAAAAGAGCUAAUUGAUGAGGGAAUCCCAAAACUCCCGGAAAUAUUCUUGGAUGAGGAGGUGGAAAAGAUCAAGUCAGAACCAAUAUCAGGCACUUCUGAUCAGUUAAGGAUUCCUGUGAUAAACCGGCAGGGAUUGACUGAUCCAGGCAGUCGAAAAACGGUGAUUUCUGAGAUAAGGGAUGCUUCUGAAAAAUGGGUGUCUUCCAGAUUGUCAAUCACGGGAUUCCUAAGUGUGUUGGACCAAAUGAUCGAGGGUGUUUGCCAGUUUCAUGAGCAAGAUUCAGAGGUGAAGCAGCAGUAUUAUACUCGGGAUUUGAGUAAAAAAGUUCGAUUUUACUCCAAUUUCGAUCUACAUUUGGCAACUGCAGCAUCCUGGAGGGAUAGUAUUUAUGCUGUCCUGGCACUUGAUCCUCCUAAGCCUGAAGAGCUCCCACAUGUUUGCAGGGGAUCACUAUUUUGUUAUUGGAUUCGUGUUACCAGCGAAACAAUGUCAAAUGUAAGAGUCCGGGCACUUGGUCUGAAUCCAAAUCAUUUAAACAAUAUGGGGUGUCAUGAAGCACUUUUCCUUCUGGGUCACUACUACCCUCCAUGUCCUGAACCCGAAAAGACUCUAGGCCUUCGCGGGCACACAGAUUUCGGCAUCUUAACUAUACUUUUACAGGACCAAAUUGGUGGCCUUCAGGUCCUCCAUGAGAAUCAGUGGAUUGAUGUUGCCUUCUUGCCUGGAGCUUUAAUUAGAGACAACUAUCAAAGAGAUGGUUUCACGGCGUUAUGUAUUGAAUGGAACAGUAAGAUUCAAGAAUUUGAUGAUCGAAAAACCGGGGUGAAAGGGCUAAUAGAUGAGGGAAUCUCAAGAAUCCCAGAAAUAUUUUUGGAUGAGGAAAUGGAAAAGCUCAAAACAGAACCAUUUUCAGGCUUAUCUGAUCAGUUGAGUGUCCCUGUGAUAAACCUGAAGGCACUGACUGAAGGUGCAGUCAGCCGAGAAGAGGUGAUUUCUGAGAUAAGGAAUGCUUCCGAGGAAUGGGGUUUCUUCCAGAUUGUCAAUCAUGGGAUUCCUCAAACUGUGUUGGACCAAAUGAUUGAGGGUGUUCGCCGGUUUCAUGAGCAAGAUUCGCAGGUUAAGCAGAAGUACUAUACUCGGGAUUGGAAGGAAAAAGUGGUAUUUAACUCCAAUUUUGAUCUGCACCAAGCAACAGCGGCAUCCUGGAGGGAUAGUAUUUAUGUUAUCAUGGCUCCUGAUCCCCCUGAGCCUGAAGAGCUUCCUCAGGUUUGCAGGGAUAUAAUGAUUGAAUAUGGUGAGCGCAUGCAAAUAUUGGGGCAUUCUAUGUUUGAAUUGCUGUCACAAGCUCUUGGUCUGAAUCUGAGUUACUUGAAUAAUAUGGAAUGUAAUGAAGGGCUUUACAUUGUGGGACACUAUUAUCCGGCAUGUCCUGAACCCGAAAAGACAUUAGGCCUGCGUGGCCACACAGAUUCCGGCUUCUUAACUAUACUUUUACAGGACCAAAUCAGUGGUCUCCAAGUCCUCCAUGAGAAUAAGUGGGUUGAUGUUGCCUUCUUGCCUGGAGCUUUAAUUCUGAUGUCGAAUGAUAAGUUCAAAAGUGUCUACCAUAGAGUUCUGGCGAAGAAUAUAGGCCCGAGAAUUUCAGUGGCGAGUUUCUUCCGCACACAUUUUGAUCUCGAAGAUAGUAAACAAAGGCUGUAUGGACCGAUUGAGGAGUUGUUAUCAGAAGAAAAUCCACCCCUUUAUAGAGCAACAGCUGUGAAAGAGAUACUUUCACAGCGUUAUGGUGAAGGCCUAGGUAGAACACCACUUCUAUCACAUUUUAAGUUAAAACAACUGUAA